CCGAGCAGCCAGAGCGCACGGUUACAAUGAGCUUCUCCAUCGGUCCGACUGAGAGCCAGCGUCAGUACCGAGCUCCGAGCAGCAGACACACCGUCACACACCCUGACCGACACCAGCUCCGCCCGCAGCAGGAUGCCCGGGGGAAAGAGAGGGCUUGUGGCACCGCAGAACACUUUUCUGGAGAACAUCGUCCGGCGUUCAAGUGAGACCAGCUUUCUCCUGGGAAACGCCCAGAUUGUGGAGUGGCCUGUAGUUUACAGCAAUGACGGAUUCUGCAAGCUGUCUGGCUUCCACAGGGCUGAGGUCAUGCAGAAGAGCAGCACAUGCAGUUUUAUGUACGGAGAGCUGACGGACAAGAAGAGCAUCGACCAAGUCAGACAGACGUUCGACAACUAUGAGUCCAACUGCUUUGAAAUCCUGCUGUACAGAAAGAACAGAAGUCCAGUGUGGUUCUACAUGCAAGUGGCUCCCAUCAGGAACGAGAACGACAAGGUGGUUCUGUUCCUCUGCACUUUUAAGGACAUCACUCUCUUCAAGCAGCCUAUCGAAGACGAAACCACUAAAGGAUGGACCAAGUUUGCACGGCUGACUCGGGCGCUCACCAACAACCGCAACACGCUGCCGAAGCUGGCACCCAUAGAACAUGAAGUCAGCCAUAAGCAGUCCAGACUGGCUGAGGUUUUGCAGCUGAACUCAGACAUCCUGCCGCAGUACAAGCAGGAGGCACCCAAGACGCCUCCCCACAUCAUCCUUCACUACUGCACCUUCAAGACCACCUGGGACUGGGUCAUCCUCAUCCUCACCUUCUACACGGCCAUCAUGGUGCCCUACAACGUCUCCUUCAAGACCAAGCAGAACAACAUCGUGUGGCUGGUGCUGGACAGCGUGGUGGACGUCAUCUUUCUGGUGGACAUCGUCCUCAACUUCCACACCACCUUCGUGGGGCCCGGUGGCGAGGUCAUCUCCGACCCCAAGCUCAUCCGCAUGAACUACCUGAAGACGUGGUUCGUCAUCGACCUGCUGUCCUGCCUGCCCUACGACAUCAUCAACGCCUUCGAGAACGUCGACGAGGUACGCUUGGGCCUUUUUGAUCAGGUAAAAGUCAAAAGAAUUCUACUCAAAGGGAAAAUGGCUGCUCUUGUUAGUUCUUUUGUAGAUUAUGGUGAACUUGUGUGUGUUACACUCAUCUGUGUAUUUCAAGUAUUGGUGUUUUUUUUGUUUUGUUUUUGGUACAGCAUCGGAGACUACGAGGUCAUCGACGAGGCCACCAACACCAUCAAGGUGGAUAGCUGGCUCUACCAGCUGGCUCUCAGCAUCGGAUCGCCCUACCGCUACAACACCAGCGGCUCUGGCCAAUGGGAGGGCGGCCCUGGCAAGGACUCUCUGUACAUCACCUCUCUGUACUUCACCAUGACCAGCCUGACCACCAUCGGCUUCGGCAACAUCGCCCCCACCAGCGACGGCGAGAAGAUCUUCUCUGUGGCCAUGAUGAUGGUGGGAUCUCUGCUCUAUGCCACCAUCUUUGGAAACGUGACCACCAUCUUCCAGCAGAUGUACGCCAACACCAACCGCUACCACGAGAUGCUCAACAACGUCCGGGACUUCCUGAAGCUCUACCAGGUUCCCAAGGGGCUGAGCGAGCGCGUGAUGGACUACAUUGUCUCCACCUGGUCCAUGUCCAAAGGCAUCGACACGGAGAAGGUCUUAUCCAUCUGUCCCAAGGACAUGCGGGCCGACAUCUGUGUCCACCUCAACAGGAAGGUGUUUAACGAACACCCAGCGUUCCGGUUAGCCAGCGACGGCUGCCUGCGCUCACUGGCCGUGGAGUUUCAGACCACCCACUGCGCCCCUGGAGACCUGAUCUACCACGCCGGUGAGAGCGUAGACACCCUGUGCUUCGUUGUGUCGGGGUCACUGGAGGUCAUCCAGGACGACGAGGUCAUCGCCAUCUUAGGUAAAGGCGAUGUGUUUGGUGACAUCUUUUGGAAGGAAACCACCCUGGCCCACGCGUGCGCCAACGUCCGAGCGCUGACGUACUGCGACCUCCACGUCAUCAAGAGGGAAGCCUUGCUCAAGGUGCUGGAGUUUUACACGGCCUUCGCCAACUCCUUCUCCCGCAACCUCAUCCUCACCUGCAACCUGCGCAAGCGGAUCAUUUUCCGCAAGAUCAGUGAGGUGAAGAAGGAGGAAGAGGAGAGGCAGCGAGCGAAGAACGAGGUGCAGCUCACCAUCCCGCAGGACCAUCCCGUCCGCAAGCUCUUCCAGAAGUUCAAGCAGCAGAAGGAGCUCCGCAACCAGGGAGCAGCAGCCGCCUCCCACCUGGACCUGGAGAAGAACCAGCUGCAGGUGGAGCAGCACCUGCACCCCCACAGCCUGCAGCUGGGCCACUCCAGCCUGCAGCACUCGCUGCCGCUCAGCCUGCAGCGCCCGCCCUCCUCCCUGCAGAACGGGGCUCCACCCAGCAGCAGCGUGCUGACCGUGUCCCAGGUCACGCCCAUGCAGAGCUCGCUGCCCUACAGCCAUCCUGGCGAGCCCCCCACCAAGCAGAACAACUGCGAGAUCAUGGAGCUGCAGCCCAGUUCGGCUGGCAGCGGAGCUGAGCAGACCGUCAGGCUCAAAGUCAGCACCAGCCCUGUGCCGGCCAAGCCGGCCGCCAAGGCCAGCGGCUGGAUGCGCCUGAGAAACAGCGCGGCUCCGGCGGAGCCCAGGAAGGACGGCUUGAACAACAACGUCAAGGCUGUUUCCGUGGAGAUGCUCUCGCAGGAGGGUAAAGGUCAGGACGCGGGAGGGGCUGGCGAUAGAGAGGAGGGUGGGGUGUCAAGCAACAACCCCCUCCGCAAGACGGACUCCUGCGACAGCGGCAUCACCAAGAGUGAGCUGCGGAUAGACCGGGCGGGGGAGGCACGGACCCCUGCUGCGGUCACCCCCCUCCUCCACAGCCCUCUCCCUGGAGGAGCAGGGUCCCCUCACCCUUUCUGCCCCAUCCCGGAGCAGGCCCUGCAGGCCGCGCUGCACGAGACCCGGCUGGAGCUCCGGGGGGACAUACAGACCCUGGGAGGCCGCCUGGGCUUCCUGGAGAGUCAGGUAGCGGAAAUUAUCAAACUGCUCUCGGACAAGAAGCGGCCGCCCACGGGGUUGUUGUCUGCCUCCACCACACCCAAAACCAAAAUACAACGUCAGGACAUUUUCACCGUUUCUAGGCCUGUUUCUCCCGACUCAGAGAAGGACGAGGGGCUCUGAAGAGAGCUUACCAGGGGGGGUAGAGAGUGUACUAGAGCAUAGAGCAAUCACAUGGCACAUUGUUCUACUAUGAUCACGAUUAUCAGUUUAAGGUAAUGCUCUGUUAGAGCCAGUUACGCCACUGGUCUUAAUCCUGGCUUCUUUAACAUUUGCACACUGACUUCUAUUUCCAGGUCACAUAAGAGUCCACACUCCACAAGGACCUGGACCCGGUUUUUGUGAUUGUACAUACCUCUCUAUGCAUGUCCAGCUGGAUUCUGGCCUGCCAAAGAAACAACUACUGAACGUACUUAUUGCCUGUAUAUUAUGCAGUUGACUGCAUGCAAAUUGAAUUUAAAGAGAACUGACAUUUUAUUGAGCUACACUGUACAUAUAAAUAUUUUUCAUUGAUAAUUUACUAUGUGGACAUUCAGGGUUUGCAUACUGGUAGCACUAUAAACACUGAUAACAAAAGGGUUUACUGGCAAAGGGAUUGUGCAUGGAUUAUUUAAAAAUAGAGAAAUCGAAAGGGAUGGAGGUUUCUUUUUUUUCCUUUGCCUGUGAGAUGAAAUAGAAGUCAUUCUGCUCUCACCUCGCCCUCUAAGAACACAGAUUCCCAAAUGUGAUGAGGAAGCAUCCUUUAACACAUGAAGGGAAUUUUCUGAUAUGUUUUUAUAUUUAUUAUCUAUCUGCUUCUUAUAAUAAUUUCUAUUUUUGAUUACAGAAACGCCCUUGGCCUCAGUUUGAUGUCGGGUGAACCCUUAAAUGGUUAUUUUGUCAGAAUCCGCCUUGUGUCUAUGCAUCGCUCCGGUAUGCCGCUAGAAUAUUCUGAUUAUUCCUUUGUUAACAUGAAUGAAGGAAGUUUUUUUUGUUCCAUUCCUCUGCAUGAAUCAGGGAUGGCAGAAUGCACUUUGGGUAAAGCUGGAAUGACAAGAAGGCUUUAAGGAAAUAACACAGAGUUUAGUUCACAUAAAAGUCCACUCAGCACAGUGACAUGUAAUCCCCCAUCCCCAGCACCACACACGGCAGUCUUAACCAGCCAGCGUUGCUCUGAAGCCUGCUCGCAAUUUCAUUAAGGACACAGCAGCUUUGCCGCAAAAAGCUCAAGUAAUAAAAAAUGGAAUACUGUACUUUUUAUGAUAUCAGUUUUCUAAAUCUGCAUGCAAAGGAGUAGUUUUAUGCUCCAGAGUGCGUACGUAUAUAAAAUGUGUGUGCAAGAGCUGAAACACACACAAGCACACACACACACACCACACACACACACACACACACACACACACACACACACACACACUUCAUGUACAGACAUGCACAGUGUGGCGGCGUCUCUUGAGUGAACACCCCAGGGAGACUUUUUCUUCACAGAAGGCAGAUCAGUCGGUUUUGUCAGAAGUCUAGUUUUUCAGGUCUGGUGAGAUUUAGACGCGGUCCCCCCAAAAAACCCAGAGCCCUCAAACCCUGCAGUGCAGCAGCAGCACAUAUCUCUCACACACAAACACACACACAAUCAUAUUUAAUAAGGAAGAAGAUACAGGUACGGUAGCCAUCAUGGAAGCCUCAAAUAGUUUUAAAUGACUAGAUUCAUGUCAUUCCUGCUUGAUUAUCUGCAGUGUGAGGGAAUGGACGGGUGGCAGAAAACAGGCUGAUGUUAACUGGAGGUGUCAGGUCAGUGACCCCCAACACAUCUUCUGUUGCCCGUAUUGGGGGUCAUUAGCUCUCAGUUAAAUUAACAGCUAGUUGGAUUAGAGCUGGGCGAUAUGGAGAAAAUCAGAUAUCACGAUAUUCUUGACCAAAUACCUCGAUAUCGAUAUUUUGGCGAUAUUCUAGGGUUG